AUGUGGCUCCUCACCUUCGACAACCGUCUGGGAACUGCACCCCCGAACGACCCAGAAUCCAAAGUCGGCAGAGUUCUUGAUGUCGGCACAGGUACCGGCAUUUGGGCCAUGGAAUUUGGGGAGGAACAUCCGGAUGCUGAGGUUACUAAAUGUCUCAAGCAGCGUUGGGUUUUGGGCGUUGACCUAUCAGCAAUCCAACCGGAGUUCACAUACACCAACGUCAAGUUCGAGAUUGACGAUAUCGAGGAACCUUGGACUUAUUCUCGGCCCUUUGACUAUAUCCACAGUCGUGCCAUGACGUCCAGUGUGGCGGAUUGGAAGGAAUACAUCAAGAAAUGCUACGAUAACCUGAACCCGAACGGUUACCUCGAAUUGAACGAAAUUGACCUGUGGCCGAAGUCCGAUGACGGAACUUUGAAGGAUGAUUCUGCUCUCAUAAAGUUCAUCCGUCUGUGGGGAGAGGCUGCAGCCAUGUUUGGAAGACCCUUCCAGGAUAUCAGAGUUCUGAAGGAUGUCAUGAUUGAGACAGGCUUCAAAGAUGUCUACGCUCAGAUGUUCAAGUGGCCUUCAAAUGCGUGGGCCAAGGACCGGAAGCACAAAGAACUUGGCUUCUGGAACCACGAUAACUUCUCAGCUGGACUCGAGAGCUUCAUGAUGGCACCGCUCACAAGGGCUCACAAUUGGACCAAAGAAGAGGUGACCGUUUUUGGAGUCCAGGUUCGCAAUGACAUGAGAGACAGGAACAUACACGCCUAUACUACCGUGUAA